AUGGUGGACGGUUUCAUUGUUUGCAUUGAUCGGAUUAUAGCCUCCACGGCCUGUUUUGGACCAGUCGAUGCAAGAAACUUUGAUGAUGGAGUUGAUCCUAUAAAACCCGUUUCUAACAAUGCUGGAGAAGGGUGCUCCUCUUCUCCAAACAAGUACGAUGAUGAUGAUAUUGUUGUUGAGUGUAGAAUAUGCCAGGAAGAAGAUCAAGUCCAAGCCAUGGAAGCACCUUGUUCUUGUAAUGGCACUCUCAAGUUUGCUCAUAGGAAAUGUAUCCAGCGAUGGUGCAAUAAGAAAGGAAAUACGAUAUGUGAAAUCUGUAAUCAGGUUGGGGCUUUUCCCAACUCAUUCAUGGUGUUUUCUCUUCAUGAGUUGUCUAAAUUUUAA